AUGUGGCAGGAGGACGGCGCACCGACACGCGUCUUCGAGUCGGUCUCGGCCGACUACUUCUCCGCUGGAGGACGCACGUACCUGGUGUAUGUGGACCGCCUGUCCGGGUGGCCGUACGUCACUGUGUGUCCCCGCACCGCCUCGGCGGACCAUCUGACGCGGCAGCUCCGACUGAUGUUCUCGCAGACGGGCGUCCCGACCGUGUUCCGGUCAGACGGCGGACCCCAGUUUGCAUCAGGCACGCUCCGCCGGUUCCUCCAGCGCUGGGACGUACGGCAUGAGAUGUCGUCACCGCACUACCCGCGCGCUAACGGGCACGCGGAGGCCUGCGUGAAGACAGCGAAGAAGCUGGUGCUGGCUGCGUCCUCAUCGGGCCGGCUCGACCAGGACCAACUGGACCGAAGUCUGCUCGAACUCCGUAACACGCCCCGAGCAGACGGACGGUCGCCGGCACAGGUGCUGUUUGGUCACCCGCUUCGCUCUGGUGUUCCCACGCACCACCGCGCCUUCGCUCCUGAGUGGCAGCGAGCAGCCGCUGUCUGUGAAGAAAAGGCUGCCGAGCUCCAGGAGCAGGUGGUCAGACGCUACGACGAGAGCACGCGCCGGCUGUCACCGCUCAAGAUCGGCAGCCGGGUCGACCUUCAAGACCCCGCCACCGGCCGAUGGAACCGGAUCGGAGUGAUCGUGGGCGUCGGUCAGAGGCGCACGUACCUCGUCAAGACCGCCAGUGGCAGGGUCCUGUGGCGGAACCGCCGCUACCUGCGCCCAUACCGGCCCCUUCUGACAGAGCCCACCCCGCCUGUGGCUCCGUCCGCCCCGCGCGCGCCCCAGCGGCCGCCGCCGCCGCCAGAGAGCACCGCGGUCGCCGCCGAGCGGGCGGUCCGACCCGCUGCUAGUGCGCCGGUUGUGUGCCGCUCGCCGCCGGUGCGGUCACCCGAGGUGGAGACGGCCGCCGCCGCUCUCCCGCGUCGUCCUCGACGGCAGCGCCGCGCUCCUGGUCGGCUCCGAGUUCAAUGGGGUGCGACCUCGUAUGAGGAGUGAUUGUGAGACAACGUCGUGGAGUGUCGUGUUUUUGUGUGUUUUUGACGACUGUUGUCUCGAGGGGGGAUGUUGUGUUCGGGUAUAGGGGGUGUAGACUUGGACCGCCUCUGCGGCCCCACCUCUGUGUGCCUGGGAGCGCCCCUGCCGGCGCUCAGCUGUCCGUGCGCGCCAAGCGGCGUGAGUGGCGCACGGGACGAAAACUGACGCUCGCCAUACUUGUUUAGUUUUUGGAAGACUCUCUCGGCCCAUUCGCACCGGCAGUAAAUAAAUCGCGUUUCUCUUAAGCUCUCUCUCACUCGAACCGUGAAUUACGAACAUAACAGGAGCCACCCCCUCAACCUGCUCCUUCACGUCGGGGCCCAUUGCCGCAGUCUCCGCUCCCGAGUGUGCCCCGGAUCCAGCAGCUUCGCAAGCUGACAGCGCGGGGCUGGGGACUAGAGGAACGACAGCUCUGCGCUGUAGCGUCUGGAUACGUCCGUGGAGUGCUGGUGCACGCGGCCGCCACCUGGCUCCUGGUGACGCCACAAUCCCACGUGGAACUUCUCCAGAGGGAGAUGCAGGCGGUUA